AAACCUUACAUUUUGUUUUAACCUUUUGAAAUACAAAGGCAAAUCAAAAUAUAUAGCCGACGAACGACGGUUUUCGGUGACUAUAUAUCACUUCUUUUUUAUGUUUCUUAUAGUAGUGUAUACAUAUUUACAAAUAUAUUAAAAAAAAUAAAAUAAAGUAUAUAUAAGAAAAUGGGAAGAUCUCCAUGUUGUGAUAAAGUUGGAUUAAAGAAAGGACCAUGGACUCCCGAAGAAGAUCAAAAGCUACUAGCAUACAUUGAAGAAAAUGGUCAUGGAAGUUGGCGAGCAUUGCCUACUAAAGCUGGGUUGCAAAGAUGUGGGAAAAGUUGUAGGUUAAGAUGGACGAAUUAUCUUAGACCCGAUAUUAAGAGAGGCAAAUUUACCCUUCAAGAAGAACAAACUAUUAUUCAACUUCAUGCUCUCUUGGGUAAUAGGUGGUCGGCUAUAGCAACUCACUUGCCGAAAAGAACAGAUAACGAAAUAAAGAACUAUUGGAAUACUCAUCUCAAGAAAAGGUUAACGAAAAUGGGUAUAGAUCCAGUGAGCCACAAGCCAAAAAAUGACACCCUUUUGUCUAAUGAUGGUCAAUCAAAGAGUGUGGCAAACUUGAGCCACAUGGCACAGUGGGAGAGUGCCAGGCUCGAGGCUGAAGCUAGAUUGGUCAAACAAUCUAAGCUUCAGUGUACAAUCCCAACUGAAAAUCAGGUAGGACAAAUUAAAUCUCCGUCGGCCUCUAUUAAUUUGUUGGCGUCAGAGUCUAGGGCACCUACUAGGUGUCUUGACAUAUUGAAGGCAUGGAAUAGGGUUUGCGGCAAAACGCACAAUGACGUUGACGGUUGGAAUGGAAACGGCGAUUUGGAAUCACCAACUUCCACAAUUUCCACCACAUGUGUGGGAGAAAGUUCCACUAAUUUUUUCGAGUUUGUUGGUGGGAAUUCUGCAGGAUCUUGUGACACAACCGGUGAAGAGUGUGGGGAGGAAUGGGAAUACAAAGGCGAAAAUCAAGCGGAAAAAUCAGAUCCAGGGUUUAAUAGAAUCAACAUGCCAUUCAUAGAUGAUAGCAAGAAUGAGCAAUUGUCUGGUGGAAACUUUUUAGAAAAUUUUACAGAUCUUCUAUUAAGCAGUUCGAGCACUGGCAACAAUCAUCGUAACUUACAAAGUGCUGCUAGUGGUGAAUCAAGCACUAGUCUCGGACCCAAUGGAGCCAGCAACAACUACUACGAAGACAAUAACAAGAAUUAUUGGAACAACAUUCUUGAUUUGGUGAAUUCUUCACUACAAGAACCACCAAUGUUUUAGAAAACCAACCAUCGAUCACUAGCCUUUUUUUUUUGUUGUUGAUUUCCCAGACCAAAAGCAAUCAGAUUGAAACGCUUGCAAGUGUGUUGUAAGAAACAUGUUAAUUUCUAGGAUUUUUUGAGCUUAGUAAGUGUGUAAUAAUUCAAACUUAUGUUACUUACUAUCUACAAAAUGUUUAUAUUAGCCCUAA